GCGGCCUCGUGCAAGGCGUGGCUGGUGCAGUCCAUCCCCACCGACAUGCCCCACCUCCGCCGCGUCCCGGGGGUCCUCUCCACAGCGGAUGUGCUCCAGUGGCUCUCAGGUAAUGCGACGAAGAACUUGGAUAUCCUUGCACAGUACUGGCAGUUAUUAGCGCAGCCAAAGAACCCCAAAUCAGGGGAUUACGGGUUCUCUGAGAGUGACAUGAGAAGAUUUGGGGCCGAACAGGGGCUCCGGGUUUACAAUGCACUGGAGAAUGCUGCAGAUCGUAAGGUCAAAAUCAGGAUUGUGCAGCACUCUGGAUUUGCACCUGAAUUCGACCAAGAGAGCGCUGAUCUCGCUGCUGGAAGACCAAAUGUUCAGAAUGCAACCUUGCUUUUUGAGGAUUGGUGGGGAUCUGGCGUUCUGCAUGCAAAAGUAUGGAUAUCCGACAAAAAAGAUUUGUAUAUUGGAUCUGCAAACAAUGAUUGGAAGUCCCUCACCCAGGUGAAGGAGCUUGGGAUUUAUUUUACUAGUUGUCCACAGAUAGCAAAAACUGUUGAAGUAUAUUUUCAAAAUCUUUGGACACUUUCAACGCUGAAUUCAACCACUUACACUAAAGUUGCCUUGGAUAAGCAGUGGCAGACUUCUAGAAAAGUGCCAUGCUGGUCGCAUUUCCUACAACCAAAAGAUAGAUGCAGGUCACCACUGCCCCUUUCUGUCGAUGUCCCAUAUGUGGAUGGCUAUCCAUCACUUGCCAAUCCUAAACUGCUUGAUGUUUUAAUCGAAACCCCUGGGCUCAAGAGUUCCAAUAAAGAACACUACUUCAGCUAUCUUUCGUUUUCUCCACCUGAGCUGUCAUUUGACAAGUUCCAGGCAGAUGAGCAAGGUUGGGUCGACACCAUCAAAUCUGUCAAUUCUGAGGGAAUGGUGCGGAUAAAUACUAUGGAUUGGCUUGGACAGUCGCAGUAUGCUCCUCAAACUGUGUUCUGGCCAUCGUUGUCAUCAGCGAUAUCUGAGGUAAUAAUCUCCAAGAAUGCAACUGUGAGGAUCCUUGUCGCCUACUGGACACACUUCAUCCCGAACACCGAAAACUACCUGAAGAGCCUCCUAUACUCAAACAUCCUCUGCGCGUCUUCCAAGUACAACCACUGCGGUGGCAAGGUUGAGAUCAGGUACUACGUGGUUCCAGGGUACAACUCUACCGGACCUGCCUUGUCCCAGGGCGCCGCGACGGGGAACCGUUACCCCGACUUUACCCGGGUGAACCACGGCAAGUACGCCGUGAGCGACACGAGGGCCAACAUUGGCACCAGCAACCUUAUCUGGGACUACUUCUACACCACGGCGGGGGUGAGCUUCGGGACGUACAACCCCUCCAUCGUCUCGCAGCUGCAAGACGUGUUUGAUGCGGACUGGGAUUCUCCGUAUACUGUACCGGUUAAACCUCUGCAGGCAUCGGUGUAGGAUCAGGCGAUGAGAUCGGUUCGAUCUUUUCUGAACCUGCUGUCAGUAAAGCACAUCGGGGGAGUGGA